UUCCUCUAGUAUUUCUUUCUUUUUUAGAAGUACAAUGAAAGCUGUGAACCUAAAAACUUUUCAGGAAAAGCAUACGAUUUUUACUUUCCUCGAGCUCAUAUAGAGAACGUUAUUCUAGUGGAAACCGAAAUAGCUAAUGUAUCAAACAUGACACUAAUGUUUUGGAUAAACACAAACAUUACAAAGCCAAUGGCGGUGUUGUCUUAUGCUGUAAAAGAUAAUCGUGAAGAAUUUUUUCUUGGUUUUGAAAGGGAGUGGAUGAUUAUUACCAUGAAUUCCUGUGAAAAUUUAAAACUUGCAAUUCCACCAAUCAGCGAUGGUUUUUGGCAUCAUGUCCUUAUAAUACUUUUUGGAGGGAAUAGAAGCGUUUACUUAAAUGGAAUUAAAAUUUUUCACGACGCUUUGGAAAACGUAUCUCUGCCUAUUCUACGUGGUGGAGGUGUUUUUGCUAUUGGUCAAAAACUCAUGUGUGACAAUGCAGUGUUUGACCCCAAAAUGUCUUUCGUUGGCAACAUUAGUUUUCUAAAUUUUUGGAUUAGCAACAUAACACGCAAUACAUUGUUUACAGUGAUGUCAUUUGCGGAGAGUUGUACGAUGAGAGGAAAUGAAAAUGGCUCGGUUAUAAAUGGAUUUAACUUUCAGUUUUUUUUCAGUGGUAAUGUUUCUAAAGUAUCAUCAUCGUGUUCAUCAUUACGAAACAGUAAAAUGUACAACACUGUGGCUUUAACGUCUUUGAAAACAAAUUAUUCCACAAGGUCGUCUAAUCAUGAGCGUCGAUUAAAUGCUAUUACAAUAACACUAUGGGUAAUAUCUGGCAAAAACUUCCAAAUAAAGUUGGCGAACGCAGUAGAAAUUUUCGCCUUGUACAUUGAAAAUCAAACUUUGGUCUUUAGAAUAAAAGAAAAUUUUAAGCUAGCAAGAAUUCCCCCGUUUUGGAGAGAAGGAAACAGAUCUUGGCAUCAUCUUUCAACCACGUGGUCUAGAGAAACUGAUCUCUGGAUUGUUUAUCUGGAUGGCUCACUCGUUUCUAUUGUUCACAAUUUCUUACAAGGACAAAACAUUGCAGAAAUAUCUUGGCAUGGUGACAUCGAAAUCAAAGCAGACAGGUUCACCAUGUUCAAUGUAUGGGAUUACGUGCUUGAUGGUCAUGCAAUAUCAUUAAUGGCUAUUAAAGGACCACUGUUUGAGAAUGGCAACAUCUUUGCUUGGUUUGACGAGAAGAAUACGAUUUCUAAAUCAAAAAUGGUAAAGACGUUUAUUAAUACACGUACGCAUGCAAGAUUUCAGUUGGACUUUUCAACUUCUUCUAAUUCAGUGAAAACCAUAGAAGUUCAUGAUGUUGGUUCUUUCGAUGAAGAAUUAAAAAAUUUCUCAAUUUGUUUUUAUGCGAGAAUUUAUUGUGAUGAGAAUUGUCUCAUUUUUCAAUAUAAUUGCAAGAUGGAUUUACGACAAGUCAACAUUAGUGUUUCUUUCAACAAAUCUAAAACUUUAGCUGUUAUUAUCGCAACAUCAAGCUAUAAUGAAUCUUGGAAUUCAGGGAAAAUUUUGAAUUAUAAGUCAUGGCAUCGCUAUUGUUUGACGCGAAAAGUAGACAUUGGCGAAAUCAAAUUGUUUCAGGGUACUCGAAAGGUAUUGGAUAUAAGAGAUGAUAACUGGAAAAGUCCAAUAAAAGGAAAUGGUUCAAUAAGUCUUGGCUACAAUUUUAACGGAGUUCUUGCUGGUUUUAAUAUCCAGAAACAUAUCUUUCCAGUAGAGAAUGCAACAAGGAUAACUUCUGGUACUUGGCUUUCUUGGACUGGUUUCAUUUACCGUAGCAAUGCUCUCCCGACACCAAAAUGUAUUUCAAUCACUAUUGGAAAUGUAAAACAAAAGUUGGCGACAUCAAGGAUAAUUUUUCCAGGCAGUAUUUCGUAUAAAAACAUCAUCAAGUUGGAUAAUUACAGGAAAUUAGAAAAUUUAAAUAAUUUCAUUGCAUGUUUUUGGGCAAAAGUCUUAUGUACUAAGAUGUGUAGCAUUUUCCAUUUCCAUUUCUCAUCGAAAAAGUCUUACGAAUCAAGCGAGCUUAGGUUUCAUCAGGACAAAGCAUUAUUUUCUUACGUUCAAGUUAAGAUUCCUAACAAUUUCUCUAGAGCUCAGUAAGUAUAUUGAACAAGCAUUGCAUGACGAAAAACAAUACUUUGAAACAGUAGCAUAGCAGACUCAUUAAUAGGGGAUAUCUUAAUAUAUUCAUUUUGAUGAAAGAUUAUUAACAAACUGCAAUAUUAUCACAGGUUUUAGCUUGUUUGAGAAAAUAAGUAUUGGUCUUUUUCAGUUGUAUCAUAUUUUUCAGAUUUCAUGUAAUGAUCCUUAAUGGUUGAUAAUUA